AUGGAUCUGGCAACGAAGGAUCUGGAGGGCCCGAUCCGGCUCCAGUCCAAACUCCCUGAAGGAUACUUCGCUGCGGGACUUAUCGGAUGGGGAAUUCAGGUGGUGAUGCCUGAAAGGUCCCGCACCUGGGCUGUGUUACGAUGCGCGAACGCUGCUGCUACCCUUGCUGCGCUCAGCCUUGACUACAAGUUGCUGGGUUGGUGGGACAUUAGCGGCUGCCACCGGCGCAGUGCACGGCGUCUCGUGCGGCUGGCUGAAAGGAACAGAGGGGUAUACGUCAAAGUUGGGCAACACGCCAGUGCAAUGGAAUAUCUGCUUCCCAUAGAAUAUACCCAACAGCUGCAGCAACUACAGUGCAAUCUACCCCCUUCUCCCAUGGCACAAGUCGAAGCAGUGCUCAAGGAAGAACUGAAGAUCGACAGGUUGGAUGAAGUGUUUAAGGAGUUUGAAGAAACACCAGUUGGCGCGGCCUCGCUGGCGCAGGUACACUUCGCUGUGCUGGCAAAUGGGCAGCCCGUUGCUGUGAAAGUGCAGCAUGCUGACGUGGGGGAGCUUGCCAAGACGGACACAAGAGUUGUUGAAAUCUUGACGGCAGUUGCAGCUAAAAUAUUCCCAGAUGUCAGGCUUGAAUGGCUUGCCGAUCUGCUUCGAGAGAAUCUUCCUGCUGAGUUGGACUUCAGAAGGGAGGCCGAAAAUGCCAAGAAGUGUCGCGAACUGCUGCAGGAGGGAUACUCUGCUUUUCACUUUGCGCUGCCGGAACCUUCAUUAGUGCGCUCGUUCCUCAUCCGGCUCGCUGCAAGUGUAGUUUCAUGGCUUGGGCUUCCUGAACCCCACUCACACUUUGCAGACAACCAUGGCGCUCAAUUGGCAGGAACACCCCCGACGUUGCGGAGCGGCGUGGAAGGUACUGCAGGAAACGUUUCGCUCGUUACAGGCGAACAGCAGCACGCUAGAGCCCUGCAGCUCCACUCAGGGUCCACCGUCAUUUCAACCGUCCACAGACAGGAUGAUAAUUCACACUGUCUCAAAGACUACGAGGUAGAGCUUUACGUGCCUCGCGUCUACAACAACUUGACUACCGCCAGAGUUCUCGUUAUGGAACGUUGUCAGGGGGUCCCAGUGGACGAUUUGCGGGGAAUUGUUUCUCAAGGAAUUCACCCUCUAGCGGUCUCUGAAGCAUUGUCAGAACUCUACGGGAGGCUCAUUUUUGACUUUGGGUUUGUACACGCGGAUCCGCACCCUGGAAAUGUCAUUGUACAUCUCGACAAGAUUUUACACCCAGACCAAUACCCUAAGCAGCCGGCACUUUGGUGGCAUACACCGGUAGUUUUAUCGUCUCUGAGCGGGGCAAAGGCCUUGAACACCCCGGGGCUUUCACAGGAAUCGGGGCACGCAAAGGGGCGGCUUCGUCUAAGCCUUUUAGACCACGGCCUAUACUGUUCACUUAGUGAACAAUUUAGGUACACCUAUGCCAGCUUGUGGCUGGCCAUGCAGCGGGGAGAUAUUGCAGCUGUGAGUGCAUGCGCCAACGAAUUUGGAGUGGGCGAGCUGGCUGGAUUGCUCGCCGUUAUCCUCAGCCUGAGGAGCGAAGACAGGUGCGAUUCAUUUUCCCCCCGAAAUGCCUAUUCAUUUGUGCCGUGCGCGAGCAGAGAGGCGGCACUUCUGCGUAGAUUGUUCCCCGAGUACUUCGCCCGGAUUACUAGUGUCCUGCAGGAUAUUCCUCACGAACUCAUCCUCCUAAUUAAGACGAACGAUUUGGUUCUCCAUGCCCGGUGGCACUUAUGGAGCGCUACAACGCGCUUGAGGGAGUCGGCGGUGCCUCCCUCGACUGCCGGGGCUCAAAGAAGGCUCCCCAAGGGAUGUGGGCUCACGACCUCCUCGAGGAUUCUGCCUGGGGGAGCCCCCUGUGGGCCCCUGGAGGGCCUCAGGGGGGGCCCCAGACAGGGCCCCCCAUGGGGCCCCUGCAAAGCCACCCCAACAAGCCCGGGGCACCCCAAAGAGGGCCCCUACUGCAGAUCGGGCAGAGUGCCUGCUGGCGUUUGUUCGGCCGUGAGAAGCAGCAAAGUCUCAGGGGAGGGGCCCCCCUCUGCCCUGGGGGGUAGCAGAGGCGAUAGAGGGAGAACGUUGAGAGAAGAACGUGGGGGGGCCCUCUUAACCUCAAAUAAGUCUUUAAAAGGAGACAGUAAAUGGACCAAUGGCUCCUCUAAAAGAGGCACAUUUCCGCAGAGGGGCCCCCCUACGCCUCGGCUGCACCGGGAUAGCAGCCAGGGGCCCCUACCUGUGGGGCCCCACCGGCGCAGCGCCAGCGCGUCCGUGUUGCAGCAGCAGCUCCAGCAGGUGGAGCAGCAGAAGCGGCAAGAACAGGAAGCGGAGGACUCUGUCAUUCUGCUCAAGAAGUUGAUGGCGGCGCUGGGGCAUAGGGAACUGCUGGGGGGCCAGGAGGAGACACUGCGACGAUCGGUAGAGGGACAAGACCUCGUUCUCUCUACCCCCACAGGCUCAGGGAAGUCCCUUUCUCUCCUGCUGCCGUUGCUGCAGUGGCACACCGCACGCUCAGCAGCAGCAGCAGCAGCAUCUGCAGCAACCAGCAAGAGAAGGCGUUUACUGCUCGAAACCAUCACCACCACCACCACCACCACCACCAGGAGUUCGCUGUACGCGACGCAGGGGGAGCUGCCUGCGCUGGCCAACGCACGAUCUGCUGCAGCAGCAGCAGCUGUCUGUACAGCUGAGGCUGUCUCCCUUGUGGUUGUCCCUACUGCAUCUCUGGGGCUUCAGCUUUUGGGGGAGUUGAGGGAAGCUGCUCGUUGUUGGUUGCCUGUAGCUGCUGCGUUUAGAGAUAGAAAAUGGGACAAGAGGAGACAGCAGCGUGCGGCGCCCCUUCGUGUCCCUCGGCUGCUGCUGAUCGAUAACACGAUCCCGCAACAGCAGCAACUUAGAGACACCCUGGAGGAGACAGCAAGCGAUGCAACUGAGGUCUCCAGCCACGGCAUUGCUAGGAAGGGGACUGAUGAACGUCUCUUGCUGCCUUCAUUGGGGGACCUGCAUACAGUGACGGAUCCAACGGGUCUGGUUUUGUUCGCGACACCGCAGACGCUGAAGCGCCUCCUGCUGCGUCUCCUUACUAUGGGGCCCCCUGGGGCCCUACGCCACUUCGCCUCCUGCGUCCGCCAUUUUGUGCUCGACGAAGUUGACCGAAUGCUGCAGCCCUUACUUCGAUGUGGGGCUCUGGGGUGUCUCCGAAUUGCAGGCCGCUACGCGCCAUUGAAGGAACGCAUGCAGCAACUCAAAAAGCCCCAAUCUGUUGAAGUGCUGUUGCGGCUGCUAGUACAGAGCCGCUCUUUGUCUGGCACUGUUCGCGGUGCGAAGGCGGAGGGCUCCGAAGCCCAGCUUGAGGAGACAACGCUUCAGGACGUGCAGCAGACAAAAACUGUCUCCUUUUCCCGGGCUCCUUUCCCGCUGCAGCUUCUGGCAGCCAGCGCCUCUCUGGGUAGACCCCUGCACCGGUACUUAGCGAACCUGACUCGGUGGAAGCAGCAGCAGCUGCUGCUGCUGCAGGCACGGGAGCCUCCUCUAGAAAUGUCCUUCCUCCAGAGAGACAGCAACGGCCUGCACUCUGUCAGCACUAGGAGACAGUCUCCCUGUGGGGCCUUCGCUACUCCGCAACAACGCAUGAGAGCUGCCUUCGAGCGCCUUGCAGACAGGGGCCUCUUAGGCCUCCCCCGUCUGCUGUCAGCCCCAGCGCCGCCCCCUGAAGGGGCCCAUCUCUCUCUAGGAGUGGCUUCGUCCCCAAAUGGCUUCAAGGCCGUGCUGCCCAUCAUCAGGUCAGACAGUGCCGGUUCGGUGUCUCCAGGAGGCCUAGCGGGGGCCCCUUCUUAUGACGCCCCCCUUCAGUCCCCUCUGAAUGCGGAGACCCCAGGGGACGCCGCUGCUGGGCAGUCUCUUAGGCGGAGACAGAUUAUCCCUCCAUGCAUCUCGCACGCCUUAUUCCCCGUUCCUGAGAACUCUGCAGAGACACUCGCCGAUGCUGCUGCUGAUCUGUGCACCCAGUUCAGACCACGCAAGGCCUUGCUGCUGCUGCAGGAUGGGUCCUCGCUGCGGACUCUUCAGAUGCACAUGAAGGCGAGAGGCCACAAGGUGGAUCUGCUGCAUCAAACGAGCGAGUGGUGGAGGGCCCCUUCGCUGGAGCAACAGGGCAAAGAACAGCUGCAGCAGCCCCAACAGCUCCUUGCUGCUACAAUGGAGGCAGCCCGAGGCCUUCACGUGGAAGGCGCGCUGAGGGUACAGCACGGGGCCCUGUGGUCUUCUGAUUGUCCUGUCCUCCUCUUUAACCUUAAUGUUUGCUGCAGCAUCCUCUUAAGCUGGCAGAAGACGCUGGGCAUUACUUUUAGGCCCCUCGCGCCGCCGCUUGCUGCCGACCCUUCAAAGGAGGCAGCAGUAGAAGAAGAGGCUCCCCUCACCAACUCCAGGACCAAGCCCCAGCAGCAGCAGCAGCAACAGCAACAGCAGCAUCAGCAGCUGGACUGGCAGCAGGAGACCCCGGUACUGUCUCAGAGACAAGAAACAGGGUUUGACGCACAAGGGGAGCCUGCACAGGGAGAGGGGGGAGAGGCCCAUCUAGACGGGGGUCCACUGAAUUAUCUCUCCACCCAUCUUCCUUCUCUGUUGCUUAUCUGA